AUGAGUUUCGAGAACAAAGUAAUUAUAGUUACGGGCAGCAGUUCUGGCAUAGGAGCAGCCACGGCGAUUAAAUUUUCGAAACAGCGAGCGAGAAUAACAAUAGUCGGCAGAAAUGAGCAGAAACUUAAGAACGUUUCGGAAACCUGCGAACGAAAUGGUAGUAAACCGUUAAUGAUCAUCGCCGAUGUAACUAAAGAAGAAGAUAUGAAAAGGAUUGUUAGUGAAACAAUUGAGCAAUAUGGAAAGUUGGACGUGUUAGUGAAUAAUGCAGGAAUGUUCGAUUCAGUGAGUAUUCUUGACCCACAUGCAAUAGAAAAGUUUGAUCAAAUAUUGGCGACAAAUCUUCGGUCGUGUGUGUAUUUAACCCACCUCGCUGCUCCACAUCUUAUUGAAAGUAAAGGUAAUAUAGUAAAUAUUGGUAGCGCUGGAGCAAAGGGAAUAUUCAUGCCGGAAAAUUUUGCUUAUUGCUCUUCAAAGGCUGGUUUAGAACAUUUCACGAGGUGUGUUGCUUUAGAACUUGCGUCAAAGGGCGUUCGUGUAAACUGUGUCAGUCCUGGGCCAGUAAAAACAGAUUUCGUUGAGAAGAUUACAAUGGACAAAGAGGAACAAGACAAAUUUUGGGCGAGUUUGAAUAAAACUACAGCACUUGGUAAAAUUGCGGAGUCUGAAGAGAUUGCAGAUCUUGUAUUGUUUUUGGCUAGUGACAGUGCGAAGAGUGUAACUGGAUCAUCGUUUCCCAUAGAUUGUGGUAUUUUGUUGAAAUAA